UUAAACGGCGUGAUCACCAGUCUCCCAGUGACACUGUCAGAUGGUAAAAUCAGAGUGUAUCAGAGCGGCUUCCGCGCCAUCCUGCAGACGGACUUUGGUCUCCAGGUGGCAUACAACUGGGACUGGCAUCUGGUGAUCACCCUCCCCAGCAGCUAUUAUGGUGCCACAUGUGGCCUAUGUGGGAACUUCAACCAGAACCCUGAAGAUGACAUGAUGUCAGCCAGCAGCACCAAAGUCUCCUCCAUCGUGGGCUGGGCUGCCAGUUGGAAAGUCCAAGACGGGGACCCCCUUUGCUGGGAUUCCUGCCAAGAGAACUGCCUGACAUGUGAUGCGAGCACAAGGGAGCUGUACGGGGGCGACAGUCACUGUGGGUUGAUCAGCAAAGCACCGGGAGGGCCCUUCAGAGAGUGUCACUCCAGAGUGAACUCCAGUGAGUUUUUCGAUAGUUGCACCUAUGACGUGUGUCUGAACAGGGGCGCUACGAGAAUCUUGUGCCAGGCGCUGGAGGCCUAUGCAGCAACCUGCAGAGACCACGGGGUCACCGUCCAUGACUGGAGGAUGCCAUCUGGCUGUGCCCUGCCCUGCCCUGAGAACAGCCACUAUGAGGCCUGUGGGAACGCCUGCCCGGCCAGCUGCUCUGACCGAACUGCCCCCUCCUCCUGCCGGGAGCCCUGCGUGGAGACCUGCCAGUGUAAUGACGGUUACGUCCUCAGCACUGAUAAGUGCAUCCCCCUGGGGAGCUGCGGCUGUGACUACAACGGCCGCUACUACCAACCCAGUGAGGAGUUCUGGGCCGAUGAGAACUGCCACUCUCGGUGCAGGUGUGACUCCAGCCUGGGCACAGUGGUUUGCAGGAAGACCAGUUGCAAGGCCAAAGAAAGAUGCUCCGUGGUCAAUGGGGUCCGUGGCUGCCAUGCGAUCAGCUACUCCACCUGCAUAGGUACUGGAGACCCUCACUACACCACCUUUGAUGGGAAAAAGUAUGAUUUUAUGGGCACCUGCAUCUACCAGUUUGCGGCUCUCUGCUCCAAGGACCCCACACUCACCCCGUUCAAUGUCAAAGUGGAGAACAACAACCGAGGCAGUAAGGCUGUGUCCUUCACCAAAACAGUGACCUUAGAGGUCUACAACGUGACCAUCAGCUUGAGCCAGGAGCAUCCACGCAAGAUCCAGGUCAAUGGUGUCUUUGUGGACCUGCCCUUCUCCCACCAGCACAAGUUCAAGGCCUACAUCAGUGGAGUCCAUGGCUUUAUUCAGACUGAUUUCGACCUGAGAGUGAGCUUCGACUGGUACAGCUACGCCAGGGUCAUCAUACCCAAUACGUACGCCAAUGCUGUCUGCGGCCUCUGUGGCAAUGCCAAUCAGGACCCCAACGACGAUCUGACCAUGAAGGAUGGAACUCAGACAUCUGAUGAG